UCCCCCCCGGCCGGGCAGGGGGCGCGGGGUCGCGGCGGCGGGCGCGGGAUCGGGAGCGGGAUCGGGCCCGGCGCAGCAUGGGGGGAUGGCGGGACAUGCCCGCGGAGGUAGGGCCCGCGGGUUGGGCAGCGCUCGUUUCUCGCCUGGGCCGCGGGGUGGGGGACCUCUCCCGGUACCCGCCGCCCCGAGCCGCCCCAGGGCCGCCGGCCGGGCGGAGCUGCCCCGCGCCGCAGCCGCCGCGCCUCCUCCGCAGGCGCUGGAGGAACAGUACUCCCCCAGCCGCUGGUCCCCCCGCCUGGGCAGGGACGCCGUCAUCCAGGCCCACCUCGCGGCGACGGCGGCAGGAACGCAGAAGGCCCGGGCCAGCGCACAGACCUCGCUGCACGUCCCCUACGGCGAUGGGGACGGGGAGAAGCUGGACAUCUAUUUUCCCACGGACCCUUCUGGAACCUUCCCGGUCCUGGUCUACAUCCAUGGCGGAUACUGGCAGUGCCUGAGUAAAGAUGAGUCAGGAUUCGCAGCCCCCCCGCUGGUGUCACAGGGUGUGGUGGUGGUGGCAGUGGGAUACGACACAGCCCCCAAAGGCCACAUGGACGCCAUGGUGCUGCAAGUGCGGCGCAGCCUCGCCUUCCUGGUGGAGCAAUACUCUGGGAUCAGAGGCAUUUACCUGUGUGGACACUCGGCUGGGGCCCAUCUGGCAGCCAUGGUGUUGUCCACGGACUGGACAGAAUACGGAGUGGCGCCGGAUAUUAAAGGAGCUGUGCUGGUGAGCGGUGUGUAUGACCUGGAGCCCAUCCUGCACACCUAUGUGAACAAUGCGCUGAACAUGAGCUGGGAGGUUGCCCAGAGGAACAGCCCCAUGCUGUGCAUCACCCCAGAAGCGCCUGCAGCUACAGCCUGUGAGGUGCUGGUGGCUGUGGCCCAGCAUGACUCCCCGGAGUUUCGCAGGCAAUCGCAGGAGUACAGCCAGGCCCUGCGUGCAGCUGGCUGGUCUGUCUCUCUGCUGGAUCUCGCCGGCGUGGAUCACUUUGACAUCAUUGAGAAGCUGUCGGAGAAGAGCUAUGUCCUCACUCAGGUGAUUCUGAACAUGAUUUCAAGAGCUUGAUGGCAUGUUGGGAGCAAACUGAGAUGGCAGUCCCAGCCCUGCAUGGUGGCAACAGGCAGCCUGCAUGCACCAUACCCUGCUGCCCUCCUUGCUCCAGUCUGUGGGGUCUUCUGCAGCACAGGGCAGCUGCUGCCUCUGGACACCCUCUGUGCCCCCUCGGCUCCUUCCAGCCUGCAGCCAGGCAGGGGGGGUCCAAGCAGGGGAGCACCAGUUCUCACCGAUUCUCGCCUGAGCUGGUGUUCCUUUCAGGGGUGUUUCUGCCUGCGUAGCGCACAGUGCUGGCAGGCCUGUAGGGCUUUGUCAAGUGGGUGAUGAAGUUUGUUCCCUUGAUAUCCUUUAAACUGCUUAUUGCCAAUAAAAAAAAGGAAUAACUGCU